AUGUUGACAAUGAUUACUGUUCCUUAUCUCAACACAGGUCUUCCUGGCUUCUUGACACAGCAUGCUGUUGAGAUUCACGUCAAAAAACAUCAUCAGGCAUAUAUUGACAACGCAAAUAAACUAUUAAAUGGUUCAGAUUACGAAGGCAAGCCUAUCACUCAAAUCAUUCAGGAGUCAUCAGGAGCUCUUUUCAAUAAUGUAGCUCAGCACUAUAAUCAUUGCUUCUUUUGGAACUGUCUUUCCGCAAAAAUACAACAAAUACCAAUGGAUCUUGAAGAAUUUUUCACAAAUAACUUCAAAUCAUAUGAUAAUUUCAAGGCCGAAUUCAUUAAUAAGGCUUCCACACUCUUUGGAUCCGGUUGGUGUUAUCUUUACAAAGAUACUAAGACUGGUGAAUUCAAAAUAGACCAAUUCACUAAUGCCAACAAUCCAGUAAAGGAUGGAAAUAUUCCAAUCUUAACUGUUGAUACUUGGGAACACUCAUGGUACAUUGAUUAUGAAAAUCGCAAGGCAGAGUAUUUCAAUAAGUUCUUUGAGCAUAUUAAUUGGAAGUUUGUCUUGGAAAACUAUAAUACUGCCACUGGAAGAGUUCAAAAAGAGAAAAAUUUACCAAAAGUUGAACCAAAAAUAAAACGUCAUCCUCAAAAUAAGUAA